AUCGAUGCUAGCGCCUCCACUUCCUGCACCAUCAUUUGUCUCUUCGGCCAUUUUCUUGUCUGUGUGCACACCGGACUAACGUGGUGGGUUGAUAUUUGGCAUCUUAGCUUUAGUUUUCCGUUCGUUUAUUUCCAACAUUUCCCACGUUCAACCACCAUGGCUGAUGAUGGACAUGAAGAACAGGCCGUCGUGGUGGCUGCCCCUCCACCAAUGGCUGAACUCCCAGAGAUUAAACUAUUCGGUCGUUGGUCUUGUGAUGAUGUUCAGAUCUCUGACAUGAGUCUUCAGGACUAUUUGGCUGUUAAGGAGAAAUAUGCAAAGUUUCUGCCUCACAGCGCUGGGCGAUACGCAGCAAAGAGAUUCCGAAAGGCCCAGUGCCCCAUUGUAGAACGGGUUACCAAUUCGCUUAUGAUGCACGGACGUAACAACGGCAAGAAGCUAAUGGCUGUCCGAAUCCUGAAGCAUUCUUUCGAAAUCAUUCAUCUCUUAACUAGCGAAAACCCACUGCAAGUAUUGGUGAAUGCCAUUAUCAACUCUGGACCUCGUGAGGAUUCCACUCGUAUUGGUAGAGCUGGUACUGUUCGCCGUCAAGCCGUCGACGUUUCACCUCUUCGUCGCGUCAAUCAGGCUAUCUGGUUGUUGUGCACUGGUGCCCGAGAGGCUGCUUUCAGAAACAUCAAGACGAUCGCCGAGUGUCUCGCUGAUGAGCUCAUUAACGCGGCUAAGGGAUCAAGCAAUUCAUACGCGAUCAAGAAAAAGGAUGAAUUGGAGCGAGUUGCUAAAUCAAACCGUUAAUACGAAAUGCUGGUACGGUCAGUACCAUCGACCCUCCAAUGGUGGUUUUGUGUCGAUUAUUAUAAUACACAGAAUUGCCCCAUUACAA